UUUCCAGAGUAUACAGAACCAAAAUUUUAAUCGUCUUGAACUGUUCUAAGUAGGUAAUAAUCAAACCAUUUCUAAAAUUAAAUUUAUUUAAAGAAUUUUAUUUUUUAAUACCAUUCGUCUGGUAUUGGGAUAAUAGCAUCUUACUCCAAGUAUGGAAGAUCCCAAUCGCAUGUUAGCCCACUCUGGAGGAAUGAUGGCUCCCCAAGGCUAUGGGCUAACAGGUCAAGAUGAUGGACAAAAUACAGGGAGUGAGAAUGAGGUCCGUAAACAAAAGGAUAUUGGAGAAAUAUUACAACAAAUCAUGAGUAUAUCAGAGCAGUCGCUGGAUGAGGCGCAAGCAAGAAAACAUACGCUUAAUUGUCAUCGAAUGAAGCCGGCACUAUUCUCCGUCUUGUGUGAAAUAAAAGAGAAGACUGUUCUUUCUAUUAGAAAUACCCAGGAGGAGGAGCCCCCAGAUCCGCAGCUUAUGAGAUUGGAUAAUAUGCUGAUUGCCGAGGGUGUUGCGGGCCCUGAAAAAGGCGGUGGGGGAGCGGCAGCCGCAUCAGCAGCUGCGGCUAGCCAAGGCGGAUCGCUUUCUAUUGAUGGAGCUGAUAAUGCUAUAGAGCAUUCGGACUACCGCGCAAAACUAGCUCAAAUACGUCAGAUUUAUCAUCAGGAGUUGGAAAAGUACGAGCAGGCCUGUAACGAAUUUACAACUCACGUUAUGAACCUUUUACGAGAACAAAGUCGCACAAGACCUAUUACUCCAAAAGAAAUAGAACGAAUGGUUCAAAUUAUACACAAGAAAUUUAGUUCUAUUCAAAUGCAACUGAAACAAUCUACUUGUGAGGCUGUCAUGAUCUUACGUUCACGUUUUUUAGACGCUCGACGCAAGCGUCGCAAUUUUAGUAAACAGGCAUCCGAAAUUCUCAAUGAAUAUUUUUAUAGCCACUUGAGUAACCCAUACCCUUCAGAAGAGGCCAAGGAAGAACUUGCGCGUAAAUGUGGCAUAACAGUAUCACAAGUGUCAAAUUGGUUUGGGAAUAAGCGCAUUCGAUAUAAAAAAAAUAUUGGUAAGGCACAGGAGGAAGCCAAUUUAUAUGCAGCAAAAAAGGCUGCAGGUGCUUCACCUUAUUCCAUGGCUGGACCGCCAAGUGGUACAACAACUCCCAUGAUGUCUCCUGCCCCACCCCAGGAUUCAAUGGGAUACCCAAUAGGUUCUGGAGGCUAUGACCAGCAGCAAUCGUAUGACAACACUAUGGGUGGGUACGAUCCGAAUCUUCAUCAGGAUUUAAGUCCUUGAGAAUAGUUUCCCAUGUUUUUUUUUUGUAAUACUGCAAAUUUAAACUUAAGGCAACGUAAAUUGAUGCAGAAAGUCCGCUGCUCUUAAUAUCGUAUACGAUUUUAAUAAUUAUGUGUACCUUCUCUGAUAAGAAAAAAAAACUUUCAUUCAUUAAAACAUGUAAAAAAUGACGAUUCUCGCACAAGUGUUUAGUUUUCGUACCCCAAAAUGCAAAACUUUUUAAAAAUAAUAAAAAAAAUAAACUGCGUUGUCUUCAAAAUUAAA